GGACGGUGUUUGCUUGUGCCACGGCUGUGUGCAGGCCUUCAUUCUCAAUGAGAGCAAAGACAGAGGGAGACUGAGAGUGAGAGGAGGAGAAUGGAGAGCAUGAACCUAAAUAGGAACCACAACUGAGACGCCAAACUGGGUCUUACCUGCCACAUCCUGGACCACUGACUGAACUCACUGACACAGAGAUCUGUAGCUUGUUUGGUGAUAAACAGAGGAAGAACCAUGGGACCUGGGACGUGGAGCCUAUUCAUUCUGUUUGGUUUGGCUCUCUGGAGCAAUAGCCAAGCCCUCACCAAAAACCCCAUCCUCUCGCGGAUACGAAGAGCUCCAGAGGCCAGCGGAGAAAACAAAAAGUGCUCUUAUACCUUCCUGGUCCCUGAACAGAAGAUCACAGGCCCCAUCUGUGCUGCCCGGGGUUAUUCCACCGACAAGGACAGAGUGACGCGCCUGGAUGUAGCUGCAGUGCGCGACCUUCUGUCAAAGCAGCGUCGAGAGGUGGAGACUUUGAAGCUGGUGGUGGAUGUGGACGGCAACUUGGUAAAUGAGAUGAAGCUAUUGAGGAAAGAGAGCAGGAACAUGAACUCUAGGGUGACCCAGCUCUACAUGCAGCUGCUGCAUGAGAUCAUCAGGAAGAGGGACAACUCUCUGGAGCUGGCGCAGCUGGAGACACGCAUUCUUAAUGCCACCACUGAAUCACUGCGUCUGGCCUCUAGGUACAGGGAACUAGAGGCCAAAUACGCAGCCCUGUCUGCAGUGGUAAACAACCAGUCAGUGCUGAUUGGAGCACUGGAAGAACGUUGUAUGCAGGUGUACAGCCGCAGGCAUGAGCACCAACCUGUGGGACCACCACUAGUGCAGGUGGUGCCUGAGAACAUUCCUGUCAAUGUGCCACGUUUCACCAAUGAGAUCCAGAGGGACAACACACGAGGGUUUGCCCGGGAAAGGGGCUCUCGCUCUGGGCCAUCACCCACAAGUGGAACCCUGGAAGUCCAAAAACCUCCUCAGAGAAACUUUAGCGCUGAAGGCCCGUUCAGAGACUGUCUUGAGGCACAGGAAGCGGGCCACAGCACCAGCGGCAUGUACCUGAUCAGACCAGAUGAAGCAGAGAGGCCAGUGCAGGUCUGGUGUGAGCAGGAUAUAGACAAUGGGGGCUGGACUGUUAUCCAGAGCAGGAGAGACGGAUCUGUUAACUUCUUCAGGAACUGGGAUAACUACAAGAGCGGCUUUGGCAACAUAGAUGGGGAAUACUGGCUCGGUCUGGAAGGCAUCUACAAUUUAGGGAGGCAGGGGGACUACAAGCUGCUGGUGGAGCUGGAGGACUGGAUGGGCAAAAAGGUCUAUGCUCAGUACAGCAGCUUCCACCUGGAGCCAGAGAGCGAAGGCUACCGCCUGCGGCUGGGCACCUACCAGGGGAACGCCGGGGACUCCCUCAGCAGCCACAAUGGCAAACAGUUCACUACUCUGGAUCGAGACAAGGACGCCUUCUCAGGUAACUGUGCCCAUUUCCAUAAAGGAGGCUGGUGGUACAAUGCUUGCGGCCAAACCAAUCUCAACGGUGUCUGGUACACCGGAGGCGUCUACCGCAGCAAGUUCCAAGAUGGGAUCUUCUGGGCGGACUAUGGCGGAGGCUUCUACUCCAUGAAAUCUGUCCGCAUGAUGAUCAGGCCCAUAGACUGAGGAGAUACUGUAAGCCAGGCUGGUCCACGGGCAGCUAUGGAGGCCAGGUCACACUUGAACCUCAUUCAAAAUCUUAACUAAAUAUGUCGUCAGCAACUGGUUGAUCCAAGAUAAAAGAACCACACCAAUGGAGAUUACCAACCAUCAGUAGUGACUUGAAUUGCCUCCUGUAACAGAACCAGACUCUGCUUGAACAUUAUUUUCUUUAUAUAAAAAUAUAUAUAUGUAUAAAUAUAAUAGAUGCACACAUAGAAGGAUUUUAGGGGACAUGACUAUUUAUAGCAAGCCAUACAGUUCCUUUAACCACCGAAUGCAUAUGAUAGGAGAAAUAACUCAAACAUGUUGCAGUUAAAUAAUGCAGGAUGUCUGUCUGAUUAAGAAACCACAGUGUUUUCCUCAUCACUAGGUCACCCCGUGCACAGAACUUCAUUGGUAUUGAUUUCAUUCAUAAGCUUUAGCGUCACAGGCUCUAAAUGCAUCUCUUCCUACCUCGCCAAGAUAAACAUCUAGGGGAAACACUCAUAUGGUAUUUAACUUUAAAGGUAUAUUUGCCGGGACCUGGAAAAUACAUUGUGUUAAUACCUAUAUAAAUUUAUGUACAUUUGAUUACACAGAAACAGUACUAAUUUUAUUUUUUUCUCCCUACACUUAAUAUGACCUUUGUACUGUUUUUUAAACUGCUUGGUCCAAAUGCAGAUGACAAGAAACUGUAAUUUAUGUGUACAAUUAACUUAUCAUAACAGUGAAAAGGGCCAGGUAUCCUGAGGGAACAGUGAAUGAUCCUACAGAAAAUAGAACUAAUUUCCUCCACUGUAUAGGACAAUCAUUCUUAAAGUGUGCUUGCACGUAUUGGAAAUUGCUGUUAUAUGAUUUUCUCAUUUGGCUGUUGAUUAAAUUUCAGUACGACUCUGGGAAAAAACAAGCAUUGUUGAGA